AUGCUUGCGGUAGCAAACGAGAAGGGCAUGAACCUCAAUCACUGGGAUGAGAAGCAGGCGUACACACACGCUACACUAGACGAGGAGGUUUUUCUGAGGCUCCCCGCCGGGUGCGGGGACAAAUCGCAUAAGGUUGUUAUGGCUGAGCGUGCGAUUUACGGUCUGAAGCAGAGCGGUAGGCAGUGGGGGUACCACGCUGCUGAUACGGUAGUGGAGAACGGGUUCGAGCAGUGCAAGGCGGACCCGUGUGUUUUCCGCAAGAUGGUAGACGAAGUCGUGGUUAUGAUUAUCGUGAUCUACGUGGAUGACACUUUGGUGGCUGGGUCUGACGAGGAUUGCGAGGAGUUGCUUGCUUCUCUCAACAAGAAAUUUCCCACCAAAAAUUCUGGGAGAAUGCGAAUGGUUUGA